AUAAGAUAUCAGAUUUUGAUACUGUCAUAAGAUAUUAUCUCGAAAACGAAACUCAUUCAAAUAUGAGUAAUUAUCAUGUAAACAUGGCCAAACCUUAUGGAUUCUACUAAGUGUUAAAUAUAGUAAUUAGUUAUCCUAGUUUUAGUUAAAUCUGUUGAUAUGACUUUGAUCUUAGUCUUGUAAAACACUAUCACGAUGAUACGGCUGUUAUGCUUGUUUUUAUUGCUUUUAAUGUCAUUCGGAUAUGUUAUGUGCAUUUGCAACAGCAAAUGUAAAGAAUGCAUUGGGGGCAUAAUUUGCCAUGAAUGUACAGACGGAUAUCAUGGAAGUCAAUGUUCUCAAAAAUGUAGUCCAAACUGUUACCGCAAUAUUUGCAAUAAAGGUACCGGCCGAUGUGUAACCGGAUGCCGUGAUGGAUAUUGGGGGUAUGACUGUAAAAUGAUGUGUAGUAAAACAUGUUCAGGGAAUAUAUGCGAUCAAUAUACCGGGUACUGUACAAAAAACUGCAUUAUUGGAUACACCGGAAGAAAGUGUGACACUUGCGAUGUAGGGUUCUUUGGCAAUCCUUGUCAGGCAUGCCCAGGCAAUUGUUACAAUUGUUCAAAAACAAAAUGCGGCCCUUGCAAGAGUGGCUUUUGGGGAGAAACUUGCCAACACCGGUGUCCUGAAAAUUGCUUGGACUCUGAUUGCAAACAACAUUCAGGACACUGUUCAAAUGAUUGUAAGUUAGGUCUAUGGGGAGAUACUUGCAAUCAUACAUGUCCUUCUAACUGCAAGCAUAGUAAAUGUGACCGCGAAUCAGGGUUAUGUACAAACGGAUGUAAGAACAAUUUCUAUGGUGACCAGUGUGGCAUGAUUUGUGAGACUACAUGUUUACCAGAUGAAGACGGUUUGAAGUGUAAUGACUCCGAUGGAAGUUGUAUACAAGAAUGUCAAUAUGGUUACUAUGGUGACAAAUGUCAAAAUCGUUGUAAAGAUUGUAUAAACGAGACAUGCUUUAAAAAUAACGGAUCUUGUAUCCUUGGGCAUUCAACAAACGACAACACAACUCAAGCGUUUGAUGAUAUAUCAGACAUGGGAGACUCAUCAGUUUCUUCAGAUGCCUCAAAUACAUUCGUUGCAGUAGGAGUUGGUGUUAGUUCUGCAGCCAUAGCGUUCAUUGUUGCUAGCAUCUUUGUUAUAUUAAAAAGGCACAAGAGAAUGUCAAGAACUCACAGGCGUGAUGCAGCAAAGGGGUCUGGACUUAAUAACCAGCUAUCACACUCAGAGUUUGAAAACAAAGAGGCAACGGGCGAUAAAGGUGCAGCGGGUGACGUAUAUGAACAGUUACAUGAAGAAAACAAUUACUCACAUACUUACGGAAGAUUAGAAGUCAAUUACGAACAGUUUGAUAACAGUGUUGCAGAUAUAUACACAAACAUUACACAAGAUACAAACUACGAAGCGCUUCAAAACAGGUUAAAAGAGCCUCAAACGUAAAAUUACAUAUAUACAAACAAUAUAUGAUUUUUAUACGAAUAAAACGUUUGUGAAAUAAUUGUUAUUUUCAAUAACAUAACAUUAAUGUGUAUUAAUUUGUAAAUAAACAGUGUAUACUUUAUUUAUACCAAACAAUAUUGAUAAAUCAUAAUUUUACUAUGUUCUUAUAGUAUGUAAUUUUAAAGAGACAUCAUACGAUAACAAUGUUAGAUAUAAUAAAGAUAAUUUUAAAGGCC